UUAAUGAAUGCCCUUAUCUUCCUGCAUUUGAGUCCUCACCUCAUCCCUUCACCUGAUCCUGACCACCCUGAAAUGAGGGGAAACUCUGGGUUUUCUGUUUCAGAAUGCAAGGUUAGUUAGGCUGAGCUACUGACAAGAACCCAAUCUGAGUGAUGCAGUCCAAGAGACUUGGUUAUGACUCUAAGUGAUGCUUAAAUACUUUAUUCAUUCAUGCUGCAACAAUGCUUUUCUUAUGAGCAAUGUGGCGCCAGGAAACCUUACAAGGAAAUAAUGCUAUAUUGUAAUGCUUGAACAAUGCUGAAUGUCUCGUGUGAAGUGAUGCAGAGGAGACUCACGGUGGCGCACGAAGCUAAAGGAUUGUGAGUGUUUCUGGCCCGGGGUCACCACGGGUCACGUCGUCUGGAGGAUCAACUUUUUUUCCCAUCAACAAAACGCCUGUUUCUCACAAGGUCAUUGAGAAAAGAAGAAGAGACCGAAUCAACAGAUGUCUAAACGAGCUGGGAAAGACGGUUCCUAUGGCACUGGCGAAACAGAACUCCGGGAAACUCGAGAAAGCCGAAAUCCUGGAAAUGACGGUGCAGUAUCUGCGCGCGCUCCACUCCGCAGACUUCCCGCGCGGGAGAGAAAAGGGAGAACUGCGGACAGAGUUUGCAAAUUAUUUUCACUUCGGCUAUCACGAGUGCAUGAAGAACCUCGUUCACUACCUGACCACCGUGGAGCGAAUGGAGACCAAAGACACCAAAUACGCACGCAUCCUCACGUUCCUGCAGUCCAAAGUCGUUACCGAGCCCGUGUUUGGCUCGUUGGGCACCAUCUCACCAGAUCCUACGGACCUUCUGUGCCAGCUGGAGUACCAGAGUCCAAGUCCACCCGAGUCAGUGUUUCAGCAGAGCCCUCCCGGACACUUUUCCUGGCACAACUCGGCGCGGAGCCCGACGCUCGCGUAUCCAGCCAUGUCUCAGCACAGCGGAUACUUAUCACCGGUCCAGGGACUCGAUCAUCAUUACAUGAACUUCAUCGGGCACUCACACCCCAAUGCAUUCAGCUUAUACAAUGCACAACACGCUGCACUGUAAAUACGUCUGCAAAUGUCCUUAAUUUAUAUAUGUGUACAUGCUUUAUUUUAAUAUGUAGAUAUAUCAUGAA